AAAGCCGCAAAUUUGCAUGGCUCUGAAUGCUGAAAAAAUCAAUGUAGAACCGUAUAUUGUCAAAUUCUUAUGUGUCCGCGUUGAAAGACCCAACAUGCAGAGCUGUACAGCCCCAUUGUAAGACUUUUUCGCAGUUCCCAUUGGCUGGGCCAAGCCAGUGUGUAUACGGGCUUUGUUGUUCUGUGAAGUCAUGCAUUAGAAGGUAGCUUUGCAUUUGCAGAGACAAGCUUUUUCUUUCUAAUUACAACAUGGUCUAGUCCAGCCAGGGACCAUUGUGUCCGAGUGCUGUGAAUUCCCACAAUGGAGCUGCUCAGUAGAGAACAAUGAGUCAAAUUCCUGCCCGUUCCCUGCAGGUUCAGAGGGCUGGCUGACAAAUAAAGACAGCAAAGUUACAGUGGCUUUGCCAUUCUACACCCAGCCGUGUUCCCACUGGCCACCUCAGCGGGGAUAUUGAUGCAUGUUUGUGUGUCCCUGUUUGUUUGUGUGUGCGUUAGAGAGUGGCUACUCCUCCCACUGGGAGCAAAGGCAGGGGUUGAAAGAUGGGAGAGGUCGUAUUGUUUGCUGACUUUUCUUGUGGCCUUUCUACUGAAGUAGACGGAAGUGUGACAUUCCCAUCGGCCUCGUUAAUCCACAAGGAAUUUGAACGCCAAGGAAUGGGGAAACAUCUCAUCAGCCUAACUGGAUUUGGCUCGUGUGCAGACGGAUGGUUAACAAGCUGUGAUGGGUUUUCCUUUGAUCCAGUUGAUGACUUGGGCUCAGGAAAACACUUUCUCAAGAACAAGAAAUGCUGCUGUUUGGAUGACAGCCUACAGCAGUACGUGAGCAACUUUGAGCGGGAGAAGAUCAGUGGAGAACAGUUACUGAAGAUCACGCAUCAGGACCUGGAAGAGCUUGGUGUGGCCAGAAUUGGACACCAGGAACUGGUGUUGGAGGCUGUCGAUCUGCUCUGUGCUCUGAAUUAUGGGGUGGAGACGGACAACUUAAAGAACCUGGUUGUGAGGAUGAGAGCUGCCACCAACAGUCUCCACAUGGCCACGUCUGACCGCAGGAAGAGCCCGGUGUAUGAUGGCAGUGCCUCACGCAAGCCACCCAAUGACUUUCUCACAUGUGUGGUUGAGCUGAUUGGUGCUGCCAAGAGCCUCCUGGCUUGGCUUGACAGGACGCCGCUCACAGGGAUCAGUGACUUCACAGCCACCAAGAACAAGAUCAUUCAGCUGUGCCUGGAGCUCACCACCACAGUUCAACAGGACUGCUGUGUUUACGAGAUGGAAGAAAAAAUUCUAGAAGUUUCUAAGAUUUUGAACAGCAUCUGUGAUCAGACUGUGAGAACCACCUCUGAUCCGCUUAUGAGCCAGUCUGCCUGCUUGGAGGAAGUCCAGCUGAACAAUAUCAAACCGGGUGAAGGUCUGGGAAUGUAUAUCAAGUCGACUUAUGAUGGAUUACAUGUCAUCACUGGAACAACAGAACAUUCCCCUGCAGACCUGACCAGGAAGAUCCACGCUGGUGAUGAAGUGAUCCAGGUUAAUCAGCAGACAGUGGUGGGCUGGCAGCUCAAAAACCUGGUCGUCAAACUGAGGGAGGAUCCCAAAGGCGUGUUCCUCCUCCUGAAGAAGCGACCCACAGGAACAACAGGUUUUACCCCCGCCCCACUCAAAAACAUGCGCUGGAAGCCUCCUGUACCUCAGAACAAUUCCUCCUUAAUUCGAGCUCAGUCCCCCUGUAGCUCAGCAAAUGGAUCAACCAAAAAAGAGAAACCAGCAAUCUUGGAUUUUUAUAUCCCACCUCCCCCUCAUAUGCCAUACACUCCAAGAGAGGAAAGAGCAGACACCUUCUCCAGUUUUAGUAAAAGGCCAAAAGGCUCUGAGUCACCCAACUCCUUCCUGGACCAGGAGAGUAGGAGACGCUGCACCAUUGCAGAUUAUGACAAGCUAAGCGGCGGCUAUCCAAUCGAAGCCAAUGUGAUACAGCCCAGAAUGAGGGAGCACAAGCCAUCCCGUGGUAAGCCCCGGCCCCUCUCCAUGCCUGUGGAUACUUGUGUAUCAAUCAUAGAUCCCUUUGCUAAGCCCUGGACACACAGCAGAAAAGGUGACGACCUCCUGUACAGAUAUCUGAGCAAUGAGAGGAUCCCCACCAUAGCCGAGGAGGUCGCGUCCGCCGCUUCUGCCAGCUACAUACCGACAGGGGAGCGCCGCCUCGUCAGAAUGGACCACAUCCGAGGCAGCCGCUACUACUCGAACUCGGACCUCCACAACAGCGCCACCAUCCCGUAUCAGGAGGAUGUCAAAAAGGCCCCCGUAGCUUCGGUCUCCAAGCGCACGGCAGAACGUUCACUACUGGGACACGACUGGCACUCGAGCAGGGACUUCCUCAACCGGUACAAUCCACCACAUAUACGAUCCUGGUCCUUCUCUCAAGCUGCUGCCUUCCCUAUAUCUGUGUCACCCUCCAUGGCUGCAGAUGACUACAACCCUGUCUCCCUGCGACACAAGUCCAAGAAGAAGAGCCGAGGAGGCAAUGGUACGAUGAGCAGGAGGCGUGUGUCAGUCAAAGAGCUGGGUCAGCCAGACCACCAGGGCUGGCUGUACAGGAAGAAGGAGAGCAAGGGCUUCCUCGGUAUCAAAUGGAAGAAGUUCUGGUUUGUCCUGAAGAAGACGGCACUAUAUUGGUACACAAAUCCCCUGGCAGAGAAAGCAGAGGGCUACAUUGACCUCACCAACUUCAUGAUAGACCGAGCCAUAGAGUGCAAGAAGAAACAUGCAUUCAAAGCUUGCCACCCACAAGUCAUGAUGUUUUAUUUUGCUGCUGAGAACCACGAAGAAAUGAACUUAUGGCUGAAUAAGCUCGGGCUUGCCUCUAUCCAUUAUGAGCCCACACAACCCAACACAGCAGCUGAGUGUUACAGUGAAGCCAGUGACCAAGAAGAAGGUGAAAACACAGAGAUACCUCCACCACCAUACUCUAUGGAUGCUUCUGGUCCCCCUGGUAGCACACACCAGGGCACUCUUCCUCCGCCAUACUCCUCCGCAGUCCCCAGCGAAGCAAAAGGCUCGCAUUCCUCACCCGUCAGUACGAUGACAUCGGAGAGCUCCUCCGCCUCUUCGCUCUCCAAACAGCGGCAGUCAUGGUUAGACCUGGUCGCGCAGGCGUCCCCACCUCCUGCCACUAGCGAAGCGGCACUGGUGUGCUCAGUCCAGGUGCACUUGCAUCAACAUCCAUCAUUAGAGGUGGAAGAGUUGGAGAGUUCAGCUCCUCUUGAGUCUGCUGACACAGGGUCCAAUGAGGAAGGACAGGCACAAAGGGAGGCUUCAGGUGCUGAAGACAUAGGGGAUCACAGUACCAGCUCUGACGAAAUGGAGAAGCUUUACAUCCAUCUGAAGGAAGCCAGCCUCUCACCUAUAGGAGACCGCAAACCAUCCACAAAAAGGGAAUUUAGGGCCUCCUUUAUAAAGCGCUGCAAAAACCACACCGUCAAUGAUAAACUGCAUCUGAUCAGGACGCUGAACAGCACAUUAAAGUCCAAACAGGCAGAUCUACAGGCACUAGAGCAAGUGCUAUCCGACCCUGAGCUUACCUCGGUUAGGUUCAGAGAAUGGAAGGAAGCCAAUGCGCCUUUGGUGUAUGACAUCUGUGUGCAAAAUGGUCAGCAGGUGGCGUCAGAGGCCCCACAAGAUGCUGUGGCUGCCAUUGCUGCUCCUGUGGGAGAGACCACUUUAUAAAUACUGAUCAUGACUUUGGACUUGUCACACACACAGACUGCUGUCAAGUUUUCAUGUGAGACUACUAUGGACUUUAAGCUCUUUUCACCUAGCAACUGGAUUUUAAAUGAAAGGAGUUUGGGCAUGUCACAUUAAAAUGUGAAAUGCAUCUUAGUAUUACAUUUGCAUUUGGUUUGUAAGAUAAGGAAACAUUCCAAGUGAUUUCUUUUUUUUAGGCAUUUGUUUUGUCCAGAUUUGUGUGAUUUGUACAUAGAAACACUUUUGUUUUUCUUGUGUUGUCUGUUGUGUCUAUUUAGUUGGCAUCAGUAUUGGCCAUGUUUUUAAGUGCUUUCACUCUCUUAUGGGUGCCAUGCACCUUCAGUGCCUGUUACAUGUUUUUAACCAAACUGUUGAAGUACUGAGACAAGAGAACCAUCGCUCCAGAACCACAGUCUUUAUGGACAGAUUAAAUAUGUAUCAUAAAUCACGACCGUUUUCAAAUUUGAAUGAAUGGAAGAUGUUUGGAUGAUGUAAAACUACUUUUUUCAAAAAUGCAAUUGAAAAGGCAGUUGUGUUGAUUUGUUGUGCUCUACAGUCCUGUACAUUAUUAGGACAGUAUACUUAUUACGAAACAACAGCUGCCCACCAACAAACUGUUUUUGCAGACUUUAAAUAAAUGUGUAAAAUGCUUUUGGAAGCAAGACAGGAUGUUGUACAACAGGUGCAAUGCACACAAGCACUGUAUGAGUCUCAGUUUUUGCCAAACGGGGCCCACUGACUGUUGGUACCAUAGCCGGGCACAAAUACGACUUUUUUCUUCAGCAAUGUCUGCUGUUUGCCCUAAUAAACUUUGAUUGUACAGCG